AUGGAGGCGCAGCUGAGGCAAGGGACGCGGAAGGUGAACUCCGCGGCUUCAGCGCAUGUCCGGCAGGCCUGCUGGGCAGAAGCCCUGAGCUGCAUCUCCGCCUGGGAGCGCCAAGGGGGGCGCAGGGACCUGGCGAGCUUCCACGUGGCCGCCGGCGCGUUCGGAGCUUCGGAGCGCUGGGAGGGUGCCCUCAGCUGCUUGGACGGGCUGCGCCGGCGAUUUGUCGAGGCAAAUCAGGUGUCGGCAAACACCGCGCUGAAAGCCAGCAGUCUGUCGUGCUGGCCUAGCUGCCUUGCUGUGGUGAUGGGGAUGAGGCAGAGAGGCCUGGCGGCUGAUGAGAUCACCUGCAGCACGGCCAUCAAUGGCUGCAGCAAGGAGUCGCGCUGGCGUCCGGCGCUGGGAGCCUUAGACGCCCUGCAGCGGAGGACGACAGGCUUGCGGCCAAACCUCGUGUGCUUCAACGCCGCCCUGGCAGCUUGUGAGCGGCGAGAGCAAUGGGCUGCAGCCAUGGACCUGGCAGGUAAUAUGCCCUGCCGGGAUCUUCGCCUGGAUGGCAUCAGCGCCAACUCUCGCCUCAGCGCGCUGGCGAAGAGUAGCCAGUGGCGCCGGACCAUCGCAGCCUUCUCUGCCUUCGCGGCACGCGGACGAGACGUAGUGUCCUUUGGGGUGUCCCUGCUGGCCUACCAGCGCGGACAGUGCUGGAGGUCCGCACUCUGCCACGCCGGCCAGAUCUGCAGCGCCGGCCUGCGGCCGAACCUCCUCACCAUCACCUCGGCGCUCCGCAGCGCCGCCGGGUGGCGCCAGGCCCUGACCAUCUUUGGGGGCCUUGCGCGCCUGAGCUUGCGGUCCUCCCUCCUCGCCUGCACCGGUUUGGUGGCUUCCUGUGCCCAAACUUUGGGCUGGCAGCUGGCGGUCGCCGCGCAGCAGGGCCUCCGAAGGGUGGGAACGAACAUCGACGGCAUCUUUGCCUGCUCCCUCCUGGAGACCCUCGAGGAGGCCAACCGCUGGCGGCUGGGAGUUGCACUUGCUGCACACCUCUCGAAGGAGGUCCGGAGCAACGAGUUCAUCCACACCGCCCUGGUGUCCGCCCGCGGCAAGGUCGGGCACUGGCGGCCGGCCCUGGCGCUGCGGGAGGCCUGGUUCGCGAAGGAGGCCCAGCCCAAGGUGGCUUUGGAGAACGCGGCGCUGAGCGCCUGCGCCGCAGCCGGAGGCCUCGGCUGGCAGCGGGCCGGGGAGCUCUUGGCCGGCGCUGUGGCUCUGGGGGUGGAGGCCACCUCGGUGUCCUUCGGCGCCCUGGCCGACGCCUACGCCAAGGGCGGGGCCUGGACAAAUGCAUUGCAGUGGCUGAGGCAGUUCGCCGCACGCUCCCUGCGGCCCGAGAGCAUCGCCGGCUGCGCCACCUUGCACGGCCUGGAGAAGUGCAGCCAGUGGCUGCACUCCCUGCAGCUUCUUCAUUUCCUGAGGGAGAGCCAUGAGUGCGACCAGUCGGCUUAUGACUCCGCGGUGGUCGCCUGCGAGAAGGGUGAGCCAGGAAGCUGGCUGUAA